GGCGAGGUAUCUUACCUACUAUUCACACCGGCCACAAGCAAGCACCAAUUGAUAAUGCUCCAAGACCACACCUUCCGGCAGACCACUAAAGACAGCCGCUACUGGAGCUGUAGCCGGCGCACCAUCACCAGAUGCCAGGCCAGGAUCAGGUUCAAUGACGCCAAGGAGAUCUCCUUCCUCAACCUUAGCCAUAACCAUCCUCCUCCCAAAUACAAGCCCUCUCAAGAUGGGAAGUUGGUUAGAUUGAUAAUGAAAUUUUUAGAUUUCCUCUACGAAUUCAUUGAGCUAGCCACGGCGAAGAAACCCCUGUUGAUGGUCCAGGGAGAGACCUUCAGAAUGACCACGAAUGACAAACGAUACUGGAGUUGCAGCAAAAGGAACAUGACCAAGUGUCAAGCGAGGGUCAGGUUUAAUGAAGCUGAGGUCGUUGUAUUCUAUAACCUGGAUCACAAUCAUCCGCCUUCAAAAUUUUAUAAGACAGCAAACGGGACGUACAUCAAGUAUUCUUAA